GCUGAGGUCGUUUAUGUAAAUGCUUGAAUUUAAUUUUCAAAAGGACAGCCCUUUCCUCUGCCCAAUGAAAAUGAACCGCGGCUGACACCUGGCUAUAAACCCAGGAAGGAGCCCAAAAAAUUCCCAAUCAGAAAUUCUACUGGAAAAAACCCCGGAGAGGCGCAGCAGGCAAGUCAAGCGGCGGAGAGAGACGAUGACUUCCAGUAAGAUCGAGAUUCCCGGAGAGGUGAAGAGCGACCCCGCUGCUCUCAUGGCAUCCCUCCAGCUGAUGCCCUCACCGGUGCCCAACCCGGAGAUCAAGUACACCAAGAUUUUCAUCAACAAUGAAUGGCAGGACUCUGUUAGUGGGAAGGUUUUCCCCGUCUACAACCCAGCAACUGGAGAGCAGAUCUGUGAGGUCCAGGAAGCAGACAAGGCUGACGUUGAUAAAGCUGUGCAGGCAGCUCGACUUGCCUUUUCUUUGGGCUCUGUGUGGCGAAGGAUGGAUGCAUCUGAGAGAGGUCGGCUGCUGUCCAAACUGGCUGACCUGGUGGAGCGGGACAGUGUCUAUCUAGCAACUAUUGAGUCGCUGGACAGUGGGAAGCCUUUCCUGCCCACCCUGUUUGUGGACCUCCAAGGAACUAUAAAGACACUGAGAUACUUUGCUGGAUAUGCAGACAAGAUUCACGGCACCUCCAUCCCAAUGGAUGGAGAGUAUCUUACAUUUACCAGAUAUGAGCCCAUUGGAGUAUGUGGACAAAUUAUCCCUUGGAACUUCCCUCUGGUGAUGACAGCAUGGAAGCUGGGCCCAGCACUCGCAUGUGGAAACACUGUCGUCCUGAAACCUGCUGAGCAGACACCGCUCACCUGCCUCUACAUAGCGGCUCUCAGCAAGGAGGCCGGGUUUCCACCGGGAGUCAUCAAUAUUUUGCCAGGAUUCGGGCCAACAGCAGGAGCUGCAAUUGCUUCGCACAUGGGCAUAGACAAAGUGGCUUUCACAGGAUCAACCGAGGUCGGCAAGCUGAUCCAGGAGGCAGCUGGGAAGAGUAACCUGAAGAGAGUGACGCUGGAGCUGGGAGGGAAGAACCCCAACAUCAUAUUUGCAGAUGCUGAUUUGGAUCUGGCUGUAGAACAGGCCCACCAGGGUGUGUUUUUCAACGCCGGCCAGUGCUGCACAGCAGGAUCUCGCAUCUACGUAGAGGAGCCCUUAUAUGACGAGUUUGUCCGGAGGAGCGUGGAGAGAGCCAAGAGGAGGAUAGUCGGCAGUCCCUUCGACCCCACGACUGAACAGGGUCCACAGAUCAGCCGUGAGCAGCAGAAUCGUGUGCUGGAGUUCAUCCAGAGUGGCAUCAGCGAAGGAGCCAAGUUGGAGUGUGGAGGCAAAGCUCUGGGCCUGAAAGGGUUCUUCAUCGAGCCCACCGUCUUCUCCAGUGUGAGGGAUGACAUGCGCAUCGCCCGAGAGGAGAUUUUUGGACCAGUCCAGCAGAUCAUGAAGUUUAAAACUAUCGAGGAAGUGAUCGAAAGAGCCAACAACUCGGAUUAUGGUUUGGUUGCUGCUGUAUUCACCAGUGACAUCAACAAAGCCAUGACCAUAUCCACCGCCAUGCAGGCUGGCACUGUCUGGAUAAACUGCUUCAACGCUCUGAGCACACAGUGUCCGUUUGGAGGAUAUAAAAUGUCUGGCAACGGACGUGAAUUGGGAGAAAGCGGUUUGAAGGAGUACUCAGAAGUGAAGACCAUCACGAUGAAGAUGGUUGCCAAGAACUCUUAAGGCAGCCACACUUUUUAAUCGGGAGGGGGUUGUGUCUUCCUUGUCACCGCCUCUUGUCAGUCCGUCCAGGGUGGCAAAAAAAAACCACACUGACCAUCUAAACUGGUUAUCUCCAUGGUAACGACAGGCUGUACCCACUCGCUGCCUCCAGUCUCCUCCAUCAACUUGGACAGUCAGCCAGUCUCUGUCCGGCUUUCUCCAUCCACCUCCAAUCUGUGGACUGUCUCUCGUCUUAACCGACAACCACUGAACUACACCUCUCAUUCCGUUUACCUCCUCCACUAACUACACUAAAGCACUCACAGAGACGAUGGGGGCGGCUGCUCCAACGACAGAUCCCGAUAACAACGCCCUUCCCGGCCGCUGCACCCUGAUCCUUGCCCCUCCUCCCAGAUGCUGGAUGCUCAGAGACUCCGUCGCCGCACUUGCAAUCAACCCUUUACUAGCAAAUUGUCAUGUGUGUCUUGUCAUGUGUGUCGGGAGGCAGUUUUUUUUUCUUUGUACUGUGCGGUAUGAUCAGCAAAAACCUCAUGUGUCAUUGUCUUGGUUAGAAUUUAUGCGAGCACGUCAGCUCACUCAAGACCACUGAUGUUGUCAGCCCUAGACAUGAAUGGAUGAAAUGUUAAUUCAGAAUUAAAUUUGAUUUCUAAUUGUCUUUGUUUAUAUUUUAGCUCAUAUGACUUAACACUGUAUGUCGACCUUUGACUGAUGUAAACGGGAAAGAUUUUAACCUCUUAAAAGCAUUUUACUCUCACCUGCUAAAAGAGGAGUAGAUGUAUUUUAAACUUUAUGUAACUGAUUUUCAUUGAUGUCCAUCUAUGUUUAUGUUUAUACAAUCAUAUGCUAUAAAAUUAUAAAAUGACCAUA